CAGUGAGUGCCACACCCCCGAGCACCGUUACCGCAGCAGCGGCGGCGGCGGCGGUGGUGUGAUCAUGUGACGCCUGCAUUUCCGACACAACAAUACAACAACAGCGUAUCGGUCUGCGUUCACGCUCCCACUCUCUCUCACUCUCCCCCCCGCCCCCUUACGCCUUUCUCUCGGUAUGGCGGACGGCGAGAGGUCCCCGUUACUAUCAGAUCUGGGAGAUGGUGCUCUUGGCAGCGGUAACGGCGGGGUGUCUCCCGGUGCAGCGCCUUACGGUGUGCCCAACAAACCACAGAGCUUCCCUCCGUUCCCCAGCCCAACUCAGCCCUCGGUGCUCCUAGGGGAGGAUCCUCCACCCUACUCCCCGCUCACCUCCCCGGAGAGUGGCAGCGCCCCUGUUAUCAGCUGCAGGGUGUGUCAGAGCCUGAUCUCUGUGGAGGGCAAGAUCCACCAACACGUGGUGAAGUGUGGGGUCUGCAAUGAAGCUACGCCCAUUAAGAAUGCCCCAGCAGGGAAGAAGUACGUUCGCUGCCCCUGCAACUGUCUGCUCAUCUGCAAAGUCACUUCCCAGAGGAUCGCCUGUCCCCGGCCAUACUGUAAGAGGAUAAUUAAUCUGGGUCCGGUUCAUCCUGGUCCAGCCAGUCCUGACCCCCAGCCAGCCGGGGCUCGCGUCUCCUGUGGACACUGCAGCAACACCUUCCUGUGGACAGAGUUCACAGACCGGACGCUGGCCAGGUGCCCACACUGCAGGAAAGUCUCCUCCAUUGGUCAGAGGUAUCCCCGGAGGCGGAGCUUGUGGUGCUUUCUACUCUGCUUGCUAUUUAGCAUUUCCACUGCCGGGCUGAUGGCUGGAACGUGGGUGAAGGCUCAGACCUACCAGGGGAUCUACGCCUCGUGGGCCGUGCUGCUGCUCCUGGUUCUCGUCACCCUGGCUCGGGCCUUCUACUGGGCCUGCAUGAGGGUCAGCCAGCCCCUGCAGAGCUUCACAUAGAGCGCCCCCCUCCCCUCCCAAACUCAUCGGCACCAUGUUCUCAACCCGCAAGGCAGGAGGAAAGAUGGCUUAAGAAAAAAAAACACAAAAACACAAAAAAACAAUAUUUAUUUAAAUUCAAGGUUCUCCUCCUCCUCCUCCUCCUGUUCCCUCCCUUUUAGUCAAAUGUGUUUCUAAAACUGGAUGGCGGCGGCUGCGACUGCUAUAUAUCUAUCGGUAAUUAUGAUGAUGAAGCAUAUAGCCUAAUGUACUGUUAAUCUAUUCUAAUCUCGUGGCCAGUGUGGGGUUCAUUUUAACAUUUUUAACACUUUUCCUUCUUCUCUUUCCCCUGCGCUGUUUAUAAAUUUUGGCUUUAGUCUGUGGCACAUCUGUUGCACAACGUCUAAGACGAGGGCUGAAAGUUAAGUCUUAGAUGUGAAUAUUGCCCUUGUUUUUUUUUUUAUUAUUGUUUGUUUUCUGCAGGGACUGUCCCCUUUCAGUCCUAAUUUGACAUUAGGUUUAGUAUUCCAGCAUUUAACAUUUUUUAAACAGAAAAACAAGUUAUUUUGUGAAAGCGGCGAUGAAGUCAGAUGAAGCUAAAAAAAAAAAAAAAAUUGUAAAAAUCAAUGCCAGUAGAAAAUGACUGGAGUGACUGGAGGGACAUCAGCCUCCUUUUGUGAAUCAAAAGAUCAAGUAGGUGUUGAAAUGUGUCUGAAAAAUUGAAUUCAGCAGUAUGUGAAGGUAGGCUAUGAUGUGUCUGAACUCAGUGUUUAUGCUGAAUUAUCCCCUGGGACUGACUUUGAUCCAAAGCAGCUUGAAAGCCUUAAAAGGAGGUGUGAUAGAAGGAUUCAACACACACAACCAAACACACACACACAACCACAUGAAUACAUACCGGUACACAACAAAAGGAGGAAGCUCUUUUAGAGUUGGAACAGCUCAGAAACCAGUUUGUCAAAGACGUCCCAGCCUCUCUCUUCAAAGACAGACCGGUAAACACAUUUUCUCCAUACUCACACGUAUGUCCUUACUUCAGUAAAGGAAAAAGUGACUUGCAUGCCACUUUGCAUGAAGGUUGGAUUAUUUGCUCUGGUCCUAUAAGAGUGUAACCGAAUCUACAGCUUCUCUUUGAUCCUAACUGCAGCCAACAGGUUUACUCUUUUCCAACUUCAGUUUGUUUUUAUUUUUUUACUGUUAUUACAACACUCUGUCACAUAUCUCCAGUUAACAUAUCAUAAGCAGCAAAAUGUGGCAUAGCUCAUCAACUCAUUUCCAAGAGACAGGUUUAUUUUAUUACUAUUCUUCCAAAUGGUUUCACCCGAGGUCAUUUUAGUCUGCUCGACUCUGAGAAACCGACCAGAACAUGAAACGAAACACGCGGAGCUAUUGGCUUUAAGACGUCGAUAUCUGCCUCCUGUGAGUAUAAGGAGUGCUUUAGAUUUGUUGGUUGUACGUUUUCAUCCUUACAAACUGCAAAACAUUUGUCCUGGGAGGAAGCGAAGAGCAGACUUUACAGGUCAGACUGUGUGUUUUGCUAGCAGCGUGUGAGAAUGAUAAACCUUAAGCUUCCAAAUACAGCACUUCAGGCUUUCAUAGCUUCUCAUAAUAAUCCUAAAAAUUUUUAGGAUGUGCAGCUAAAAGCGCCGAAGCUCAAAUCAGACACUGUAAUUGCCAUGAAAAGACCAUAUUGCUCAACUCCGUCAGCACUUUGAUUGCGUUUUGGGACCAUUCAUGGUGGAAAAUAAUGUCCUUUAUUGUCAGUGAAGACGGAGGCUGGUUCUGAGCUUUCUAAUUUGUUGGUUGCAGAUGGAGUUUUCUCCUGAGGGCCAGUUGAAUAUUUGUCAAAGAGGAAAGCUCCACCCAAGUUACUCAAAGCUUGAUAUCAGUCAGAAUAGGUCAGUAACAUGAACACAAACACACACCACACGUUACAUUCUCACUCCGUGUAAGUCCCAUAACGACUUGUCUGUGGUUCUGAAUGUGGUGACAUUUCUUUUGUUAUGAAUUAUGUAUUUUUUUGUUUUGUUUCGAUUGUAAAUAUAUUUGUUGUUUAUGUACAAUGGCAGUGACAAAGUGAAUUACAUUGCACUCCGAGCUUAACACUACUGCUGUGAUCGCUGCGGACGUUUUGUUAUUUUUAAAGAAGGUUAUUUUUGCAGCUCUUCACCUGUUACAUAUAUUUAAUGAUUUGAUGAACUACUAACCUAAUAAGCCUCUGGACGCCCGGUCGUGUCCAAAUCUUAACUACAAACACAUCAGCAUACUCACACCAACACUACAUGAUGACCGAAUCACAUUCCCAAGCGACGACAUUUCCAUCUCUCUCUCACACACACACACACCCAGCACCUUAUACAGUAGUGAGAAACACUGCAUUACACCAAGUAAGAUGAGAUGAAGUAAACCUGCUAGACUGAACUGAGGUCGCAGACAGUUCAAAUGGAAGUGUCAUGUUAUUUAUUAUGCACGCUGCAAAGAAGGGCCUCUUUAACAGUCAAGUCAUUUAUUUUUAAGCCCUAAAAUUUUAUUUAUCGUGGAAAAAGUCUGCUAUGGAGUGAGAUUAUUUCUUUCUUUUUUUUCAAGACUGGUCCAAGGGCAUUUUUUGUUAUUUCUUAUUUGAAGUCAGUACAAUAAUCUGCCAGUUUCAAGUUAUGUUCAGUGCAUUAAUUUUUUAAGACUGCAUUGGCAGCGAGAUUAUAGGACAGAAUUUAAGAUGACAUGACUUGUUUCAGAAAACCCCUUUUUUGCAGUGGAGUGAUCAUGUUUUAUCCAUGACUGCAAAAGAAGUCAAUCAUGUUAAUGCCAAUAAUCAAGAACCUGGCUGAUGCUCUUUUCAGAGUUUGUUUACACACAAAUAAAGACAUGAUGAUGUACAAAACA